UUCGGACGCUUUAAUUUAAUUUUACCCACUGCUUUUGGGCCCAAAACUCCCCAUUUCAGCUUUCUGACUCGACAUCUCUCAGGUUCUUCAGGUUGUCGGAGCCGUUGUAGCGAACCAUCAGCUUCUUCUCCUCUUUCAUUCCUUCCAUCUGCAAGAUUGCCUCUUCUCUCUUACAGAGUAUCACUAUUGGUUUCAACUAUUAGGGUUUAGUUUACACUGAUUAUUCUCUGCGCUCUUUCGACCAAUUGGAGGUCUGCCGCAAUUUACAGACGCAAAAAAUGGAGCCUGGGCUUCGGCAGCCUGCAAACUACGUUAACGGGAACUCUUUUGCUCACCAAACCUCGAACGAGAUUGAUGCUGCUGCUAGGGAUAUCGUGCUUCGCGAACAAGAAGUUGCCACCCAGAAAAUCAUACAAGGUCGAAGAGAGGCUGGAGGUGUAGGUGUACCUAUGAAGGAUGGUACGGAUGUUUUUUCAGAGCGUCCUGACCCUAAUGCUCUUAAGGAGCAUUUACUGAAAAUGACUACUGAACAUCGCGAAGAAAUGGCUUUAAAGCGCGGGAAGCCUGCCACUUUGGUUGAAGGUAAUGUAGACAUUGGAAAUGGUUAUGGUGUACCUGGUGGAGGUGCUUAUAGGGAGUUAGAAAAGACGACAGCUCCCAAAGACUUGCCGGAGUACCUGAAGCAGAAGUUAAGAGCAAGGGGUAUUCUGAAAGAAGAUGCUGAUGUCCGUAAUACUAAUAAUAAGUUAGAGACUGGUUCAACCACACAGACAGGUUCGGGUCAGCUUCUGGAUGGAAAUUUGCCUCCUGGAUGGACAGAGGCAAAAGAUCCUGCAAGUGGUGCUUUAUAUUAUUAUAAUGCAAGUACUGGAACAAGCCAGUGGGAGAGGCCUGCUGAGGCAUCUUGUAGCACAGUCUCUACAUUGCCUUCUCACUUUACAGGAGAUUGGGUGGAGGCAGUUGAUGAAACAACAGGUCAUAAGUAUUACUACAACAUGAAGACCCAUGUAUCACAGUGGGAGUGCCCUUAUUCAUCAAAGCAAGUUAUAGAAAACUCAAAUACUAUGGCUUCUGCAAAUUCUGCUAACAAAGAUCAGGGGCUUUCUUCUUCUGUGCGAGAGAAAUGUACGGGAUGUGGUGGUUGGGGAGUAGGGCUUGUCCAGAUUUGGGGUUAUUGCAAGCACUGUACAAGAGUCCUCAAUCUUCCACAAUCGCAAUACUUGUCUACAAGUUUGAAUAACGAGCAGAUAAUCAGUGCUGCAGCAAAUACAAGCAGAAAUUCUGAGGAGAAGGCACAGAAGCAGAGGCCUUUUAGUUAG